UGUUCACAGCUACAGGGUCACUUUUAAAGAUGGCGACUUCCAUGAGCGACGAAAUCAAAAGCGUCUCUCUUCACAAUCUUCGCCCUUUGGUGCUCCACGGCUACGUUUUUCCUUUUAUUUUUCUGUACGGGAUUUGGUUGUAUUUUUGGGUCGGUGUCUAUGGGGUAGAUGAUUACUUUGAGGCCGGAUUGAUUGCUUUGGCGAUUGUGGGAUGUCUUCAAAUUCUCGUCUGCCUUUUCUGCCAUUGGUCUGUGCACGUCCGCUGUUCGCUCACGUGUAACAAGGAAAAAGAUCCAUUCAAGGCUAAUUGGAUAAAAGUUGUACCAACUGAAAAUAACGGCUAUCCUGAUAUCAUCCAACUUCAUCAUGAUAAGACAAAGGAGACCGAUAAGACAGAGAUUUGGUUCAGCUUUCAGAAGACGAAGUACAUCUAUGAUGCAGAGGAGAAAAAGCAGUUUCAGUCCGUGCAGUUUCCUGUUGACUUGCCCCUCAAAGAGUACCAGAGUUGGAAAGGUUACAUGGAGGAGGCAGAUGUAGCUGACGUGAAGAACAAAUAUGGAGACAAUGAUCUUAACAUGGAGCCCCCAAUGUUUAAGGAUCUGUUCAAGGAGAGAGCUACAGCUCCAUUCUUUGUCUUCCAAGUCUUCUGUGUUGGGCUCUGGUGUCUGGAUGAAUACUGGUAUUACAGUAUCUUCACAUUGUUCAUGCUGAUUACAUUUGAAGCCACUUUGGUGCAGCAGCAACUAAGGAACCUCGCUGAGAUCAGGAAGAUGGGAAAUAAGCCAUUUCAUAUUCAGGUGUAUCGAAAUCGAAAGUGGCGUCCAAUCAUGAGUAAUGAGCUUGUUCCAGGUGACAUCUGUUCCAUUGGUCGAUCUCAAAACGAUAACCCGGUACCCUGUGAUAUGCUUCUGUUAAGAGGGCAAUGUAUUGUUGAUGAGUCCAUGCUUACCGGGGAGUCCGUCCCUCAGAUGAAGGAAUCCAUUGAGACAACUGAGGGGAGUGACAUUCUUGAUAUGCAAACAGAUAGCAAAUUGCAUGUCAUCUUUGGUGGGACCAAGGUUGUACAGCACUCGCCCCCAAGCAAGACAGCCAGUGGACUGAAAGCGCAUGACAAUGGAUGCAUUGCUUAUGUUCUCCGCACUGGGUUUAACACAUCUCAAGGUCGUCUUUUAAGAACCAUCUUGUAUGGAGUCAAGAGAGUAACGGCCAACACCUUAGAGACCUUUCUCUUCAUUCUAUUCCUGCUGAUAUUUGCAAUUGCUGCAGCUUCCUACGUGUGGAUUGAAGGCACCAAGGACCCAGACAGGAAUAAGUACAAAUUAUUCUUGGAAUGUACCCUCAUCCUGACGUCUGUUGUUCCUCCAGAGCUUCCUAUUGAGCUCUCUCUGGCCGUCAACUCUUCCCUUCUAGCACUCAGUAAACUUGGUGUGUAUUGCACAGAGCCAUUUCGAAUUCCUUUUGCCGGCAAAGUGGAUAUGUGCUGUUUUGAUAAAACUGGAACUCUAACCAGUGACAAUCUGGUGGUGCAAGGGAUUGCCGGACUCAAGGGUGGCUCUAAACUAUGCCUGAUAGCCGACUGUCCUCUUGAGACACAUCAGGUAUUAGCCACCUGCCAUUCUCUUGUACAACUUGACGAAACUCUGGUUGGUGACCCGUUAGAGAAGGCAACUCUCACUGCUGUUGACUGGACACUGACCAAAGGAGAUGUAGUUAUUCCAAGGCGUAUUCGAAGCCAACCUCUGAAGAUAGUUCAACGAUACCAUUUUGCUAGUGCAUUGAAGAGGAUGGCUGUCUUAGUGUCCAUGCAGGAGGCAGGUUCUACUGAGUGUAGCUUUAUGGCUAUGGUCAAGGGAGCACCAGAAACCCUCAGAUCAAUGUUUUCUACGGUACCUGAAGACUACGAUGAAGUGCACUCUCAGAUGUCCAGGCUGGGAGCUAGGGUCUUAGCUCUUGGCUACAGGAAACUUGGACGUCUCUCUCCACAGCAGAUACGUGACAUGCAUCGUGAUGAAGUGGAGUGUAACCUCUCAUUCGCUGGAUUUGUCAUCAUCUCCUGCCCUCUUAAGUCUGACUCCAAGGCUGUUAUUAAGGAAAUACAACAAGCAUCUCACCAUAUUGUGAUGAUCACUGGUGACAAUCCUCUGACAGCCUGUCAUGUUGCCAAGGAACUACGAGUUACCCGCAAACAACACACACUCAUCCUCACAGCUCCUCAGAAUCGGGAAACUCAGAAAAACUCUGCUGAAAAUCACGUGCAGAAAGUAAACUCUAUAGAUCCUAAUCAAGAUUGGCACUGGAAGUCCAUAGAUGAUACGGUGACAUUACCCAUGUUACCUGGUAGUAAAGAAGAACGGCAAGUACUGCUUCAUGGUCAUGACUUGUGUAUGACUGGAGAGGCUUUGAAGCAUAUUCAGAGUGUCAGUGUAAAGUUCUUCAACACUGUGUUGCCCUACAUCAAGGUUUUUGCAAGAGUAGCACCAAAACAAAAGGAAUUUGUUGUGACAUCGCUGAAACGUCUUGGAUAUGUAACUCUGAUGUGUGGAGACGGGACAAAUGAUGUGGGUGCUUUGAAGCAUGCUCAUGUUGGUGCUGCUUUGUUAUCCAAUAUUCCAGAGAGAGCUGUUGAGAGAAUGAAGAGGAAAGCCAAAGAGGAACAGGAGCAAGCAAACAAUGCAAAGCCUGAGUUGCGAAGUAAGGGUAAAGGUGAGAAAACGGUAGCGGAUGCAGUCAGGGCCAGGCAAGCAGCAGGAGGAGGAUCAGGCAAAGCAGCAAAGACCAGAGCAGUGCAACGAGGAGAGGACGUUACUAGGAAGCGAUUAAAUGCCAUCUUGAAGGAAAUUGACGAGCAAGAUCAGCCUCAGGUGGUGAAGCUAGGAGACGCAAGUAUUGCAUCACCAUUUACAUCUAAGCUAUCCUCUAUCAUAUGUGUCUGUCACAUCAUCAAGCAAGGAAGAUGUACCCUGGUUACCACACUACAGAUGUUCAAGAUCCUAGCCCUUAAUGCACUCAUCUUAGCCUACAGCCAAAGUGUCUUAUACUUGGAUGGGGUCAAGUUUAGUGACAGCCAGGCUACCUUACAGGGACUGCUACUGGCUGGCUGCUUUCUUUUCAUCUCUCGUUCAAAGCCUCUGAAGACAUUAUCUAAGAGCCGUCCUCUACCCAACAUCUUUAAUCUAUACACAAUAUUGACAGUGCUGCUUCAGUUUGCUGUUCAUUUUGUGUGUCUUGUGUAUCUUAUCAAAGAGGCUAAAGCAAGAUCUCCUCCUAGGGAGGAGGAGUUUCCAGAUCUAGAAAAAGAUUUUCAACCCAACUUGUUGAAUAGCAGUGUCUACAUUAUAUCAAUGAUGCUUCAAGUUAGUACAUUUGCGGUCAACUACAAGGGUCAUCCGUUCAUGGAGAGCCUAAAGGACAACAAAGCUUUAUUGUAUAGUUUGUUGCUGUCGGGUGUUGCUAUUAUAGCCCUUACAACAGGCAUAGUACCAGAGGUAUCACAGCAGUUUGAGAUUAUAGAAUUUGAUCCAGAGUUCCGAAUGUUCCUUCUCCAGGGUCUAUUUGCCGACAUGGCUGCAGCUUUUUCUGUCGAUAGAACGCUGCAGUUCUUUUUAGGAACAGCAAAAUUGAAGACUGGUUAAAUUUCUUGUAUUAUCUGUAACAUUCUAAACUAACUGUGUGUCAUUGGUCAGUAGAGGUAUCAGUUUGUUCUGUAUUAUCAGACAUGAUAUUCUUUCUACCUUAGUUUGUUUUCUGAUUUGUUGUUGCCCUCAGAAAAAUCUGAAAAUUGUUAUUAUUAAAUAAGGCCUUAAAAAUGUAUUGUGGCCUACACCUUAUGUGUAUGUGGGUCAGUCCCUGUACUUGACAAAAUAAUAUAACCAAAGAACAAUCAUUUUAUAUCAUGCCUUAAUGCGGUUCAUGACCUUUGCAAAUACCAUUAAUUACUUCUGUGAUUAUUUGGUGUGCAUUGUGUUUCAAUCAACAUCUGCAUUGGUAAUAUCAGAAAAAGCACACCAUCUCAAUUUGUGUAAUUUAACGCCAAAACGGGAGGACAGGGUAACUGUGAUGUGUAUGGAUCAGGUUUUAAAGGUAGAGUCAAAGAUUUGUAAAUACUCCAAAAUGAAACAACCCUACUCAAUUAAUUAUUGAAAAGAACUGCAGAUGGUGAUAGUAAAAACUAUUUUGAGAUGGAUUCCUUUCAAAAGUAAAACGAUUAGGGACAUAUUUCACCCUAAAACAUUUGGAUCUGAGAAACUAUUCUUGCAUCAAUCGUUUCUCAGAAUUCUGAGGGUUGGUGUAGGGUCGUGAAUGCUGCUGCCAGAUUUGCGGUUGUUACCCGCUGUCACCUUGCUAAAAUGGGAUUGACUGUUUUUUCCCUGUUUUCUUAGCAAGUAGACACUGUAUUCAGCUGAAACUUUCACAUGUUACUUUAAUUGUAUCUUUCUUCAUGUUUCUCCUCUAUAUUUAAUAAGGUUUUUGCUUACUAAAACUACUCACAGACCCUACCUUUAAAGGCAGUGGACACUAUUGGUUAUAGCUCAAAAUAAUUUUAGCAUAAAAACUUACUUGGU